CAUAAACAGACCGAGUGCCUUUAAAUCCUCCGUCGAGCGGAGCAGGUGGGCGUUCCGCUGCUGCUGUUAGAGCUGCUGAGCGCAUUCGCCUCAGAAAUACUGCACAAAUAUCAUCAGCUCGUGCUCGACGCUUUAGUGAAAUGCUGCAGCUCAAUGACAGUGUAAUAACGCUAGAUCCUGAAAGCCCGGGCGCGGCGGUCCUACUGUCGGCGGACUGUGACGAUGGGCUGGAGGUGUCGGCCCGGGCUGGGGCUUCAGUGGCCUGCUGCUCCUCGCUCCAGACCCUCACGCCUUUCCAUGUCCACAACCCGACCAUGCGAGCUAAAGUCAAAGACUAUUUUGUCUUUAGGCCAGGAACCAUCGAGCAGGCGGUCAACGAUAUCCGCACAGUCGCUUUGCCUUCAGAAGAUGGAGAGGUUCUUAGCGUGUGGUUGCUAGCAGAAGUUGAUCACUGGAAUAAUGAAAAAGAGAGACUGGUACUUAUAACUGAGAGGUCUUUAUUGGUGUGCAAAUACGACUUCAUAAACCUCCAGUGUCAGCAGGUGGUCAGAAUUUCCUUGAACGCUGUGGACACCAUCUCUAUUGGCGAGUUUGAGUUUCCUCCAAAAUCCCUCAACAAGAGAGAAGGAACUGGAAUCCGUGUUCAAUGGGAUAAAAGACCGAGAGCUUCAUUCAUGAACCGCUGGAACCCCUGGUCCACCGACAUCCCCUACGCCACCUUCACUGAACACCCCAUGGCACACGCAGAUGAAAAGGUGGCUUCCCUCUGCCAGCUUGAGAAUUUCAAGACCCAGCUCAUCCAGGCUGUGAAAAAAGCUCACAAGGAAUACCCCAUCCCAGGACGGGCCAAUGGAGUCCUGAUACUGGAGCGGCCUCUCCUGAUCGAGACUUACCUGGGCAUCAUGUCCUUUAUCAACAACGAAGCCAAACUGGGCUACGCCAUGACCAGGGGAAAAAUCGGCUUUUAACUAAUCAAUUCUUCCACCGUCUCAAUCAGUCUCCAGUUCUGAGUACAACUGCUACACUUGAGUAUGUGAGUCCAGUACAUACUGCUUGUUUUGUUGUGUGUUUUUGGGGAUGUGUAUAGCUGUGUUUCCCAACCCUGCUCCUGAAGGCACACCAACAGUCCACAUUUUCAACCUCUCCUUAAUCAAACACACCUGAAUCAACUUAUCAUAACAUCAGAAGAGACUCCAACACCUGAAGUUAAUGGGUCAGAAAAGGGAGACAUCCAAAAUAUGUACUGUUGGUGUGCCUCCAGGAACAGGGUUGGGAAACACUGGUGUAUAGUGUGUGAAAUGUGCCAGGAAGAUCCCAAUGCCAAUAUCAAUUUACAAAGCCUUUCUAAUGUGCCCGAAUGGUUUGAAGCUGCGGUUUGUGUGUGUUAUAAUAAGCAUGCUGUUUAUUUUUACCAAAUGAGUUGACUGAAUAGCUGAAGGAAGAACUGUUGAGUUAAGGUUUACGGUUCCCUUGACCCUGUGUUUGCACAAGUGGUACGUUCUUUAUUAGACUAAGCACUGAAAUCAAGAACGAGGAGUUCCAAUAUUUAUUAAACUUGAUGCAUCAACUUAAAAAUGCAAUAUUCAUGGAAGGAUUCUACCCAAAUCAACUGAAGUACCUGCAUUUGUUUGGUUUUAGCCUAUUAUAUAGGAUACAGCUUACCAAUUGAUGACUUGGUUGUUGGGUGAUUAGUCGUUUAGUCAAUUAUCAUGAUCCAUCCCUACUCUUUGACCAUAAGGUGCAGUUAAAUUUACCAUCGUUUGGAAGAAUUGUAGUGUGUAAAAUGUAGUCAUUUCAAUAGAAAUGCAUGUAUCAUUAUAUAUCAGUGCUUCCCACACUUAGACUUUACUUUGCCGGGCUGCCCAAGUAUAUUUGGUGACAAUUUAUUUUUUUUUACUAUUAUUAACAUCAUUUUACACCUUUUUUUUUGUAUCCGCGCAAGAUAACUAAACACAGCAAUUGAUUAACCAGUGUAAAAUAUUUUCAUCCUGCACGUUUCGUACUGCUUUUUCUGUGUGUGUGAGAACCAUCAGCACUCCCACACACAGUCUCAUGUGCUCUGCAGACCCACAGAGGCAUGACUUUUUUUGGGACUUGAAAAUGCAUCCAGCUGGGGUUGACUUUUGCUUUCUAAAGCUGUUGUUAAUUGUAUGCCUUUUUGCAUUACCUUUUUAUUUGAGCCUACUUUUUUGUGUUGGCUUCACAGCUGAGAGCGCACACAGCCACGAGAGCGAGCAAGAGAAACAUUCUUUCAUCUAAAUGACUCAGAAAAACUUUACAAUAUACUCUGAGCGGAGGAAAUGACUUAUAAACCGGCUGCAAAAUAUAUGUACACCAAUGGAAAUGGUCAAUCGGAUCUAACCAGAGAUAUUGUCUGUUUUUAUUCUUCUUUUUCUUUCAUUUAUUUCUCAUUAGCUGUAUAUUUUAUUAAUUUGAUGAUGCUAAUAUAUUACACAUAUUAUACAUGUACCUAAAUGCUUUGGCAAGACUGUACAAAAUGUCAUGUCAAUAAAGUAACCUGAGAGAGAUAGAGAGCAACUUUAAGCAGUGGGUUCACAUGGCUCCUGAAUAGCAUACAAGAGAAAUAGAUUUCUUUUUUGUUUGUUUGUUUCAACAGCCUUUAAAAACUUUAACCCAUUGAAUAGAAAGUGUAUAACAGUGUCAUAAUAAAUGAAAAUAUUGUAUUAAAAAAAAUCACAUUAUUUUUAUUUAGUCGCAUGCCCUGAAAACAAGUUUUUCUACCAAGCCUGUAAUGGUAAUUUCUGUUUCUACUAAUAAACAGCGCCCACUAAACUCUGAGUCCAAGCUGCAGUAGUUGAGAGAUGUUUUUGAUGAACACCACAGCGACGGUGAGUUCUUAAUAAAUGAUUCUGCUUUGAAGAUACCUGGAAAUCUUCCUGGUUUGUCUAUUCUUCAAAUUCACAACGCCGUUAACCAUUUAUGUGCCAUGGUUAAAAGCUGUUUCAAUCCAGCUACCACCACAAGUACAUAUCAAACCUGUGGGAAGCACUGAUAUGCGCAUGGAUUUGUUCACAGUGCAUUUAGAAAAUAGAUGUGCUGAGUUUUCAUUUGGAGUUUGGAAUAGUCUGUUUUUUUCAUUCAUGUUACAAUCAGAAUUUUCAGGCUAAUCUUUCUAGAAUUUGGGGUUUCUAACUUGCAACUCUGACUUUUCCCCCUCAGAAUUCCUAGAUGUGUAAUUCUGAGUUUAUUAUCUUAUGUGUUUAUAUUCAGACUUUUUACUGCUUGUUCAAAUGACUUAUUUAAAAUGAGCUGAAUCAACACAAUUCCUUUUGGUGAAACUUAAUUGUUUUAUGUUCAAUCCACUUAAAUUUGUAAAAACCAUUAAGUUAACUUAAUGUAUUUGUGUUGGGACAACACAAAGGAAAUGUGUGGAAGCAAGCUUUUUUUAUGAGUUUAUUUAAUAAGUGUUUUAUAACUUGAAAUAUUGAGGUAUUAUUUGGAAUUUAACUCUAUUUAUUUCAUUUUUUCCCUCAGAAUUGAGUCAUGGCUGAGAAAAGUCUCAAUGGUGUAUUAAAAAAAAAAAAACCAACAUGACCUUAUUUAUUUACAUAUUCCCUUGCAAAAACGAGCUUUCAUACCGUUUGCACUAAGACAAUGAAUCCCAGUUCUGCAAUUGUAAUGUAAAAGAUUCAAGUACUCAUUACUGUAACAAUAAAUCUGAACACAGCUACAUUCAAUCAUUCAAGUCAACCUAAUUUAAUCAUUAAAACCAUCACCAAUUAUUACCAUCCCUAACACCCUUUUCAAAAUGAGAAUUGAUCAGCGUCAGAUUAUUCACAGAACAGAAAAUGCUUCUCCAAACUCUAUAAUCCACAUUAUUGGUUUAAAAUAAGUCAAAGCGAGUGUGUUAAGUGUCCACGUGAAACAACUGCCUGACAUUUAUGUUCACUCUGCGUUUACGGUCCACGUGCCUGCAGUUUUCUAAGCGACUUUCAGGUCUUAUCUGGUAGUUCUGUUACUUGUGCAAUAUUUUGAUUAUGUUUUACUCUUUUUCAAAUGUUUGUAUCUUCCUCAAGCUACACAAAAUGUGGAUGAUACCUGACAUAAAGCUGAAAUGAAGAAUUUGAAGAAAUGCUGUUACUCCUCAGGUGAUGGUCAACAGAUUGGCUUAAAUGACGGGUUUUUCCUGCUGAUGAGCACUUUACGGGUUCAAGUAUUUUUUCACACGAGAUGCACUUUUGUUGGCCAAUUUCUCUCUCUCUUUUUUUCUUUUGCUAUGCAUUGAGAAAUAGUGGAGUCCUUGUUAAUAUGUCAGAUUUUUUUUGUUAAAGGGAUAGUUCAGCCAAAAAAAUUCCGCCAUCAUUUAUUCACUCCAAACAUGUUUGAGUUUCUUUUUUUGGUUAAACAUAAAGGAAGAUAUUCUGAAGAAUGUUGGAGAAAACAGCUAUUAACUUCGAUAGUUUUUUCCUCAGAUUCAGAAUAUCUUCCUAACCAAACAAAAGAAAGAAAUUCAUAAACGUUUAGAACCACGUGAGUAGCGAUGAUGAGAUUUUUGGGUGAACUAUCCCUUUUCACAGACACCAGUGUGUGUUUUCUAUGCCUUUUGUUUUAAUGUAAAAGUUAUGCAUGAAGAUUCUGCCUGCAACUGGUUUGGUGUUCGAUUUGUUGAUCACAGAUGAUCAAUUCCCCAAGAUGUAUGCACUUUUCCCUCUGCUCUAUAUUUAUUUAAAUAUUCAUUAAUCCAUUUCUAAUUAAUCUAUUAGCUAAAUCAAGCCAAUUCAGCUCUGAACUCUUCCAAUUCAGGUUUUUGUUCACAAUCAGUCUGGAUUUACCUCCGAUUACACUGAUAUUAGUUUGUUUCUCGUAAUAAUUUAUGUAAUUUAAAAACAUGCUUUAAUUAAAUGACUGUUCUUUUAAUGCA